AUGAGGGUCCCCAUACGGCCAGAUCCGGCCCACUCAGGUGCAGAGCGCUUCGAGCGCUCCAAGUACGCCCUGGAAAGGAUCGGCGGCUCCAUCGUCGGGUCGGCUUUGACCACGAUCGGCUCGGCCUGUUUCCUCCUCCCCUGUACGAUGCACGUGUUCUUCAAGCUCGGGGCUGUGGUCUGCGGUGUGAUCGCCUACGCCGUGGUAUUUGCCCUGGUGCCACUGCCGGCCAUCUUGAUGUGCAUCGGACCCUGCGGCCACGACUUCCGCUCCCUCCUGGAGCUCCUAGGGCGGGCCGCCCAGAACAUCAUGCCCGAAGACGAGGAGGAAGAGGACGAGGACAACAUUCUGCCCCUUACCCCGAUAGACGAUUUUCGUGAGCACCGUCGCUACGUGCUCAACAUGCCCAGCAAGGGCAUGGGCCAAGUGGGUGACACGUCGCACCUGCAGCCAACGCGCACAAGUGGCCUGCUUCAUUCAGUGAUCAGUUGGAGCAACCUGCAGUGCAAUGUGACUCUGAGGGAUCGCUAUCCACGGAUGACUCGGAUGAGGCUGCGCAGGAGCACCUGGCACCAGUGGGACCCAUCUCCACCCCUCCACACCAGGGUGACUUCAUUGGCUUGA